AUGGCACGCCUGAGCUUCCUGCUCGUCGGUGCCCUCACAGCCCUCAGCGGCUUCGCCAAUGCCAGCUCUGCCGUCAAAGACCUCAUCCCCAGCAACUUCGAUGAUGUCGUUCUGAAGUCCGGAAAGCCCGCUCUCGUGGAGUUCUUCGCUCCCUGGUGUGGCCACUGCAAGACCCUCGCCCCAGUCUACGAAGAGCUUGCCCAGACCUUCGCUUCCGUCCAGGACAAGGUCACCGUCGCCAAGGUCGACGCCGAUGCCGAGCGCUCUCUGGGCAAGCGCUUCGGUGUCCAGGGCUUCCCCACCCUGAAGUGGUUCGAUGGAAAGAGCGACAAGCCCGAGGAGUACAAGGGUGGCCGUGACCUUGAGUCUCUGUCCGCUUUCAUCACCGAGAAGACUGGCAUUAAGCCUCGUGGCGCCCAGAAGGAGCCUAGCAAGGUUGAGAUGCUCAAUGACGCUACUUUCAAGACUACUAUCGGCGGAGAUAAGGAUGUCCUGGUUGCCUUCACUGCGCCGUGGUGUGGACACUGCAAGACCCUUGCACCCACCUGGGAGACCCUCGCCAACGAUUUCGCCCUCGAGUCCAACGUCGUCGUCGCAAAGGUCGAUGCCGAAGCUGAGAAUGCUCGCGCUCUGGCUAAGGAGCAAGGCGUGACCGGAUACCCAACCAUCAAGUUCUUCCCCAAGGGCUCCACCGAGCCCGAGGCCUACUCCGGCGCCCGCUCCGAGCAAGCCCUCGUCAAGUUCUUGAACGAGAAGGCCGGCACUCACCGCGCCGUCGGAGGUGGUCUGGAUGCUCUGGCCGGCACCAUCGCCGUCUUGGACAAGAUUAUCGCCGAAGAUGUCGCCGCCGGCAAGCUCGACAAGAUCGCCGCUGAUGUCAAGAAGGCUGCCAAGGGCCUGCAGGACAAGUACGCCGAGUACUAUGUCAAGGCUGCCGAGAAGCUGAGCAAGAACGAGGAGUACGCCGCCAAGGAGCUUACUCGUCUCCAGAAGAUCCUGGCUAAGGGUGGUUCCGCCCCCGAGAAGCUUGAUGAUAUCCUUUCCCGCAGCAACAUUCUCCGUCGCUUUAUUGGCGAGGAUAACCACGAUGAGCUUUGA